AUGGAGGAGCGCGAAUACCAGCUGCCCGCAUGCCAGAAGUGCAAAGUGCGCAAAGUCAAGUGCGACAGACAAGCACCCAAGUGCACACACUGUAGGAAGGGGAACGUCGCAUGCAUUAUUGUCGAUCCAAUUACUGGCGAGCAGUAUGCACGUGACUACAUCCGGCAGCUUGAAGAGAAGGAACUCAACCUGCAGCGUAGGUUG